AUGCCUGUUCAGCAGCACGUGCUGAACUGGCUGUAUAGUGUCCUAACUAGCGAAUAUCACGAUGUGAACCGCUGUUAUGACGAUGUCGCACAAGUUUUAACUCGAUAUCCAUCUUUGUCCCCCCGAACCGACGUCCAUACAUUUUCCAAUGGCUCCAGCGCCUUGCUCCUCCAUCUCUCUGGCACAAUACCCGUCAACUUCCGCGGCAACACGUAUAGAUUUCCUCUCUCAGUAUGGGUACCUCACGCUUACCCGCGAGAGCCACCUCUCAUAUAUGUCACUCCCACCGAAACCAUGACAGUGCGGCCCGGCCAACAUGUUGACCCGCAAGGCCAAGUAUACCACCCGUAUCUUGUUGGAUGGGCGCAGUUUUGGGAUAAAUCAACCCUGCAAGACUUCAUGGCAAUAUUAACAGACGUAUUCGCCAAAGAACCGCCGGUGGUUGCGCGACAACAAGGCAGACCAACUCCUGCAACCCCGAGUCAAAUCGCGUCCCCCCCGCCUCCUCCUCCUCCCCGGUUAUCACAAGAUACGACAGCACGGCCGAAUGAAUACCUGAGUUCUACCACGUCAGCUUCUACGGCUGGGCCUCGUCCUCCACCGAAGUCGCCUCACCACGCCAUAGGUUCUUCAUUAUCCGCAGGGCCUCCACAGCCACCUUUGCCAAAACAGACGCCCCAAUCACGGAUUCCCUCAAGAUAUGAGUCUGCGCCACCUCUCCCCCCACAAACCCAUCUGUCGCAUCAGCAGCCUCCACCUCCGCCUGGCAGUCGAGCCUCUCAACAUCCCGUAGCAUAUCAAUCGCCUCCAGAGGAACGCCAUCACCCCAGUGCGUCAUUGCAGCACUCCAUACACGGCAAUCAACCCAUGGAGCUCCAAGCCGUGGAAAAUUUGGAUGGAGCCCCCUCAUACAGUCAAGGACAAUGGACACCAGUCCGGCAGACUGGCGCAUGGGGUAGCCAGCAGGAACAGUCAGUUCAGGGAAAUCAGGACCAUGGCCGCCACCCUGUGGCAUAUCAUAACCAUGGGUCAGUUCCGUUUUCAAACACCCAACCGCAGCAGCACCAGCCUCCCCCUCCCCCUGCAGACUUAUUACUUGAUGAUCCCCUAACACUAGACAUUCCACCACCGUCAAUAGUAAAGGCACCUCCUAUUCCUCCUAAUCCGGAAAAAGAUGCUCUGCUCCGGCAACUUGCAUAUACUCUGGCCGCUAUGCGCCAACAGAGCCGCCAGCAGAAUGAAUCGAGCAUGGCGGGCUUGAACGCUCAACGUGCAGCCAUGACUGGAGCCAUUUCGGCUCUUCAAUCAGAGGCUAGCCAACUUACUCAACUUUCAAAUGUAUUAACCUCGAACACUAACAUCCUCCACGAUGCUAUGCACAAGGCAGAUGCAAUCAUUGAUGGAUCGCGCAACCACUCCAAGCCCGAUAUUGAUGAGCUGCUGGUAGCACCAACCGUGGUAGCAAAUCAACUCUACGCGCUAGUCGCGGAAGAACGGGCACUGGGAGAUGCCAUUUUUAUGCUAGGGCGUGCCUUGGAGAAGGGAAAAAUCACACCAGCGGUCUUCGCCAAGAGGACAAGAUCACUAGCCAGAGAAUGGUACUUGAAAAAGGCUCUAGCUAAGAAGAUUGGAGAGGGGAUGGGCAUGUUACCAGCCCGCGUGUAG